ACUACAGCUGCACCAACAACCACGACAGCUGCACUAACAACCACGACAGCUGCACCAACAGCCCUGACUACUGAACCAACUACCACAACAGCUGCACCAACUACCACAACAGCUGCACCAACUACCACGACACCUACACCAACAUCCCCUACAGCUGCACCAACAACCAAAACUACUGCACCAACAUCCACAACAGCUGCACCAACAACCACGACAGCUGCACCAACAUCCAAUACAGGUGCACCAACAUCCACUACAGCUGCACCAACAACCACGACAGCUGCACCAACAACCACGACUGCUGCACCAACAACCACGACUGCUGCACCAACAACCACGACAGCUGCACCAACAUCCACUACAGCUGCACCAACAACCACGACAGCUGCACCAACAACCACGACUGUUGCACCAACAACCACGAAUGCUGCACCAACAACCACGACAGCUGCACCAACAACCACGACAGCUGCACCAACAUCCACUACAGCUGCACCAACAUCCACUACAGCUGCACCAACAUCCACUACAGGUGCACCAACAUCCACUACAGCUGCCCCAACAACCACGAUUGUUGCACCAACAACCACAACAGCUGCAUCAACAACUACUACAGCUGCACCAACAUCCAUGACAGCUGCACCAACAUCGACUACAGCUGCACCAACAACCACGACAGCUGCACCAACAACCAAGACUGUUGCACCAACAACCACGACUACUACAGGUGCACCAACAUCCACUACAGCUGCCCCAACAACUACGAUUGUUGCACCAACAACCACAACAGCUGCAUCAACAACUACUACAGCUGCACCAACAUCCACGACAGCUGCACCAACAUCCACUACAGCUGCACCAACAACCACGACAGCUGCACCAACAACCACGACUGUUGCACCAACAACCACGACUGCUGCACCAACAUCCACGACAGGUGCAUUAACAUCCACUACAGCUGCACCAACAACCACAACAGCUGCACCAACAUCAACUACAGCUGCACCAACUACCACAACAGCUGCACCAACUACCAUGACAUCUCCACCAACAACCACUACAGGUGCACCAACAACCAAAACAGAUAAACCAACAAGCUCGACAGCUGCAACAACAUCUACUACAGCUGGACCAAUUACCACUACAGCUGCACCAACUACCACAACAGCUGCACCAACAACUACUACAGGUGCAUCAACAUCCACUACAGCUGCACCAACAACCACAACAGCUGCACCAACAUCCACUGCAGCUGCACCAACAACCACGACAGCUGCACCAACAACCAUGACAGCUGCCCCAACAACCACGACUGUUGCACCAACAACCACAACUGUUGCACCAACAACCACGCCCGCUGCACCGACAUCCACAACAUCUCCACCAACAACCACAACAACUGCACCAACAACCACAACACAAGCACACACAUCCACAACUGCUGCACCAACAACCACAACAGCUGCAUCAACAACUACUACAGCUGCACCAACAUUCACGACAGCUGCAAUAACAGCCCUGACUACUGCACCAACAACCACGACAGCUGCACCAACAACCACAACAGCUGCAUCAACAACUACUACAGCUGCACCAACAUCCACGACAGGUUCAACAACAUCCACGACAGCUGCACCAACAGCCCUGACUACUGCACCAACUACCACAACAGCUCUUCACCAACAACCACUACAGGUUCACCAUCAACCAAAACAGCUAAACCAACAAGCUCGACAGCUGCAACAACAUCUACUACAGCUGGACCAAUUACCACUACAGCUGCACCAACUACCACAACAGCUCUGCACCAACUACCACAACAGCUGCACCAACUACCACGACACCUACACCAACAUCCACUACAGCUACACCAACAACCAUAACUACUGCACCAACAUUCACAACAGCUGCACCAACAUCCACUACAGGUGCACCAACAUCCACUACAGCUUCACCAACAACCACUACAGGUUCACCAUCAACCAAAACAGCUAA